CCGACGGCAGAGGCUCCGGAGACGGGGGGAGGAUGUGUCCGAGCGAGCGGUGAUCCGGAGCUUCACGCGGAGCCGGGCGUUUGCGUCGAUUCCCCCUACACGAAACCGCCCCGUGUCCAUCGCGCGCAAGGGACGCUCUGACCGACCAUGUCCGGCGGCGGAGGCGAGAUCCGCGUCCUCCGCCAGGACCAGGAGCCCGGACAGGAGAGCCCCAGGAUGCCGGCCUGGAAGCGAGAGAUCUUGGAGAGGAGGAGGGCGAAGGGCGGCGCGGCUGGAGCGACGGGAGCCGGAGAGGCGAGCCCCGGCGCGGCGGGCCACCAGCGGCACAACGGGAGCGCCGCGGUUGUCAAUGGCUCCAAACAAGACGGUGGAGGCGGCGGAGGUGGAGGUGGAAACGGGAGAAAUUACACCAUCACCACGGCCAACCAGCACUUCGGAAACAACAAAGAAACACGACACAGCACCGCGGAGAGGGCGACAUCGAAGGAGGAAGAUGGAGAGGAGAGUCUGGUGCUUCAGGAGAGUCUUGGACCUUUGGAGGAAAACCCCUUCAUCAAACUGGAGAAGGAGCGGAGGAGACGUCAGGACCGAGAGAACGCAGCUCGGCCCGUCCAGCACAUCCUGGAGCUCUACGGCAGCGUCCCAGGCAUACGCACGAUCAGGGCCGAGAACAUCAUCAUCAUCGAGUCCGACCCGGAGUACAUGCCGGACGGAGAGGGCUCCAAGUGGCAGCCGAACGGCGUGAGCACGUACAGCUCUUUGAAUGACCUUUUGGACCGGCGCGGGAGUGCUGUGACCGAGAUAAGGGCCAAGGAAGUGGUGAUUUAUGACACCACGUUAAGCAAGAGCGAGGAAAACCUGAGCACCCUGGGCCGGCCCGAUCACGAGCUGCAGGCGUACGACACCCAAGUGGAGAGCCAGGGCAGGGUGAGUCGGAUGUUGCAGAAGUUCGACAGCAACUACGGAAAGCUGCAGAAGAAGUCCCACAGCACGGAGAACCUGCUGGACUUGGAUUGCGGCGCCAGCAGCCGGCCCAGAUCUUGGUCCAAGCCAGACGUGGUGCCAAAGCCCAGAUUCGAACCAGCAACCCCGGUCUUCCAGAGUCCGGGCGCGUCCAAACCAAAGGCCGAACCGGAAAGCCCCCAGCGGACUCCCAACCACUCGGUGCAUUCCUUUCGCCAACGCUUCGAAGACGGCGGUAGUCCCUCGAAAGAUGAAACGGACGGCCGGCCGUCGAAGCCCACGAGGGAGCGAGAGUGGGACAGCAGUGCCGACCCCAAACCCAAGGUGCCAUGUUCUCCGGAAACCCGCCGUGCCCGUGCCGAGUCCAGCCCGUCCAAAACGCUCCGCGCCACUCCGGACUUCGAGAUUCGUCCCUCACCCAAACCGGAUCUUGCCGGAAUUCCCGACAACGACACGCAAGCUAGAGCCUUGGCCAAUUUGCGGCUCCAGUCCAAAAAUUCCUUCACGGUUAUUCCCAAACGGAGACUUGCGACUUCAAACUCUUCCGCUGCUAGUCCAGUUCCAGCCGGUCCGGUUAAAUCUUCACCGUCUCACAGAGUAGCUGCAGGAAGCGCUACCGGAGUGCCAACAUCCCCAACGUCCACAGCCACGGCAAACGACUUUACGAAAACCACGCCGCUGCUUAAAUCUCCUCUCAAAAGUAUAUCCAAUGAAAUUCCCAAAACGCCCGCACAAAUUGACCUGGAAACAUCUACGGCCAUUCCAAAAUCUCCACCUUCUCCUACCAAACCGGUGGCAAAACCGGUUUCGAUUCCUGUCACUUUCCCCAAAACGCCGCCUCCGAAACGGGACGAACAAAAGCAGGAAUCGCCGUCCCACGCCCCGUCCAGCCCGCCCCCCGUCGCCUCCCCUCCCGCGCUGACCUCGCCUCCUCCGUCUCCACGCACGCCGGUGACCCCGCCCCUGUCCCCCAGCAUGGCGACGCCGCCCGCGACCGACCACCUGCCCGUCACAAACAUCGACGACAUCGAGGUGGAGCCGCCCCAGAGAGUGCCGGCCCCUAGCCCGCUGGUGCAGCGGCGGAAGGGGAACACGUUCACGGUGGUGCCCAAGCGGCGGGCGGAGACGGAGCCCGCGUCCGGAUCCCCCGAGCCCCAGGCAGACGCGCCGGCCGAGGCUGCGCCGGGCGCCGCUCCUCCUCCCCAGGCCCCCUACUCGCAGCUGGGCACCCUCCUGAAGAAGCGCUACCCGGCGGUGGAGGAGAUCGAGGUGAUCGGGGGAUAUCUGUCGCUCGCCAAGUCCUGCCUGGUCAAGACGGGCUCCACGGGUAAAAAGCUGAAGAUCUCCUUUAACGAGUCGAGCCUGCAGAGCACCUACGAGUACCCGAGCGAGACGAGCGUGUGGGACAGCGAGGACGAGGACACGGACAGGGGGGACAGUCCACAGGAGACGCCCAGUAUGGUGGGACGCAUCCACAUCCCCCGCGCCAACGCGAGCACAGCCGCCACGCACCCCAACAACGCCAACGAUUUGUCUAACUACAUUCCUAAACACGCGGUGGACUACAGCACGUGGCAGGAGCAGAGAGACGAGGAGAGCGCCCACCGAGACGAGGCUCCUCCACAGCCAGCGCACACAGAGGACAUCAUGCUGACCCCAGCAGACAGCUCGUCCCUCUCCGACUACAGCAGCGAACCAGCCCUCUACUUCUGAACCUCCUGACCACUGUAGCUCCACUGCCAGGGACCUGCCAGGGACCGACCAGGGACCUGCCGGGGACCAGGGACCGUGCCCGUCUCGUCUGACCCCAGCACAGCUCCUUUCACUGUGGACGCCUGCUCCUGCCCUCCUCUGCCCCACACUGCCCCUCCUCUGCCCUCUUCUGCCCUCCUCUGUCCUCCUCUGCCCUCCUCUGUCAUCCUCUACACUCCUCUGCUCUCCUCUGCCCUCCUCUGCUCUCCUCCGCCCUCCUCUGUCCUCUUCUGCCCCACACUGCCCAUCCUCUUCCCCUCCUGUGGCCUUCCUCUGCCCCAUACUCCCAUUCUCUGCCCCACCCUGCCCGUCCUCUACCCUUCUCUGCCCAUCCUCUGCCCAUCCUCUGUCCAUCCUCUGCCCAUCCUCUGCCCUCCUGUGCCCAUCCUCUGCCCUCCUCUGUCCAUCCUCUGCCCCCUCAGCAGCUGGUCUGUGGCGGCCGGGCAGCGGUGUCCCGUGUGUAACCUGCUCACCUGCAGUGGACUGUUGUAAAGAUGGCACAUUUCCGGAUGUUUAUGAAGCCACUACGAACCAGCAGACGCUCGCGCCCGCUCCCGUUUCCAGUCCGUUUGAAGUCUUCACAAAACCGUACGAGGCCGGGGAAGUUCUCUGCGGGAGAGUGUGCGCACGCGGUCCAACCUUAUAUCUGUUAAAAGCACAUUCCAUAUUGUCUGGGAAUAGAACCGAGGACCUUUUUACUGUGAGGCAGAAGUACUUGGCGCUGAAGGAAACCAACCCGAAUGGAUGUUUUAUUCACAGACGUGCAUAAAACUGUCUCUUAAAGAAGCGCUAUGUGUGUUUUCUGGUGGAGGAUUCGUCAUUUUUAUUGCCAAAAAAGUCUCCUGCGUGUCUCCCAGGUGACUCCCAAGCUUUUAUAUUUUCAUCGUGUGGAAAACGGCAAACAAAAAAUUCAAUUCUGUCAUCGGGACAAAAGUCUCAGAAUGAACCUGAUUCACUGGUCAGACGUUGGUGACCACUGCCUUAUAUCUGCCUGAAGGGAGGAGAUAACUACACUGAAACUACUCUGGAACUAAAGGCCGUCACACACUACAAUACAGGAGAAUUUGCCCGUUUUUGGCUGCGAUUUGCUUCUCUCUGACGUCAGGGAGGCGUGACCCCACUUUGUGUCUUGGUGUCUUUUGCGUCUGAACAUCAGCGAUGCUACGAUAACAACCGAUAAAACAGAGCGUCAGGGGCAGAGGAGUGACGGACACAGACUCGCAAGUUACAAACUCGGGAAAUAGCGAAAAUAAUGAGCAGAUUUUAUUCCUCGCCUCUCGUAAAGUUGUCAAUUUAACACAUUAUCCAUAGAAAUUUUCCUCCCUAAAAAAUGACCCCAGUCCACAAAACCAGUGAAUCCAGUUUGAGUCGUUCUUUAAAAGUAAAAAGGUGGGAGUAGUUCCUCACGUCUGUUUGUUUACAUCCACACAGCGCACGGAUCAAGGUGAAGCUGCGGAUUAACGAUAGUAACUCUACUUCCUGUGAACUUUAUCUCCAAAAAUCAUGUAUCUGAAGUUUUGCACCACAUUUCACAAAUAAUAAUAACACAGUUUGACUUGUCUUUAAACAGAAAGUUACCCUUACCUGAAAAUGUAAAAAUGGGCAAGGUACAAACCCGAGGCACUCUGACUGAAUAUACUGUACUGCUAUUUUUUGCUCGUUUAAGACCCAGUGAAGCGCUCUGCCUCAGUUUGACUUGUAUCUAAACUAGAUCUUUGGACACUUAAAGAGUCUCAGAGCGAGUGGUUUUACAUGCAAAAGAAGUUGAUCGCCCUCACAACUUUAUAUCCUGUGGUCCGCAGACAGAUCCUGCUGCAGUUUUAACGACUUAUAAGAUUCACCUCAUGUCUGUGGUGUGUAAAAAUCGUUUAAGAUGAAAAAUUCUAGCCUGAUUCAUCUGACCUCGCAGCAUUAGGAUUCAUUCGCUUGACGGUAGGCGGGUACUUUUUUAUUGAACAAAUCACUCCUAUUUGGUCGCGGUUACUUAGAAACGUCCCAUGACAACGUUGGCUAUACAGACUAUGGCGACUGGCUACAUUGCUCUGCUACUACCACGAACUGUAAACAUUUAAAUAAAUAACAUAGCUUAACAUAUAAAUAUAAAAACACACACACACAGUGUCCAAAAUUAUCAUAAUAAUUAUUGACUUUUUUGAACCUCAUUUAUUUUCUUUUAUCAAUGAUAUGACAAAAAAAAAAAAAAAAAGAGCAUGUAAAACUUCAUUGGAAAUCUUGUGGUGGUUUCAGAUGUGAUGAUGUCAUACUGUCAAAUUACAUUUUAUUUUCCAUAAUGCACCAAAUCCCGUCGGAAGAAGAACAAUAACGUCUUUCCCCUUGAUAAAAUUCACCAACAUUUUUCUUUGUUCCGGCUUUAAAUCCUCAAUCUCGGGAAUCAUUACCAACACAGAAUGUCUGUCUUCGUCUACAUCCAUCUCGACGCUUUGUUUACUGUUUUAACCACAAAAGGGACCUAGACAGACACCACGAGUUUGACAUCAUGAUUUCACAGCUCUUCUUUGAUUGGUCGGUGCGCGGUCUAAAAGUUCUGGGGUUCUUGCAAAUCGUCUAGUCACUGGAGAGAAAUGAACCUGAGCAGAGGCACUAGAAAAAUCCUGUAGUGUGUGGCGGCCUUAAGAGUGUGAGUAAAGUCCACGGAGACUAGUAGGUUUGGGAUCCUCCACCUCAAAAAAAAGUCCAUAGUGCGUCUUUAAUAGUUCUGACUGGUUACUACAAACCCAGUGUCCAUCUUUACUCCAGUCUCUGUCCCAGCGCUCCCCUGAGUCUUCCUCCUCUGUAGCUCUUUGGCACGUCCUGGACAGAGAAACUUGAAUGUGCAGGAAGCCUUAGCCCACGCGGCGCCACGGUGAGUCCAGUGUUACUAUGGAAACCCCGGAGACGCCGAUCGGACCCGACGCGGACACGAUGCCAUUCGAUCAUUUUGUACCUGCAUGUUUUCGGCUGUUUUUUAUUUGUACUUUUUUCCGACGCCACUGGGAGAACGUCGGCUUGACGCGGACAAGCCGACGACAUUGACAUUUUGUAAACGUAUGCAGCGCCAGAGGAGUGUAGCAUCUGUUUUUGAAUCAUGCAAAAGUGUCCUUGGUCACGUCUGUGCUGUGGCCGAUGGGACCGCGCCGCUGAAAAUCACGUUGAAUGUCCAUCUCUGUUGUCAUGGAUACGUAAAGACCAGAGCCUGACCCCUGCUGGCCCGCCCGUGACCCUGCACUCGUUUUGGCGCCGUGAUCAAAUUUGCGGUGACGUAAAUGGCGUCAGAUUGGUUGAUGAUGUUAUUGCCGUGGCUGUAAUGUUCCGCAGUAUGGCAUUUAACUUGUCUAACUUGUAUUUAUUGUAUAGAUAUAUUUAAUAACAUGCAUUCUUACAGGUGGGGUCAGGGCGUUUCCUGCUUAUCUCUGUGGAGGUACAUUUAAUGCCAUCCUGUGGAACAUUCUGGUUUAAAUAUACUGUAUUUAGUCAGGAGCUUUCCUGAUGAAAUGGAUAUUUUGGUUAAGGAACAUCCACCGAAUAAAUCUGAAUAAAUUUACAUACGGGAGCUAUGUAAAUAAAUAUGAAAAAGAAAUAAUAAUAGUUUGAAAUGAAGGUUCCUAAAGAAAAAAAAUAGGGAUAAAUGUAUGGAAG